AUGUCUAUAGUGGCGUCCAAAGUAGACGACUUCAGGUUGGAGCAGUAUACUCAUGAAUAUCACCUGUCUCUUGUACUUGGUUUCCAAGUUCCAUCUUCAUCUUCGUAUGUCCAUGAUGCCCCGCCUGUUGUACUUGCCCUUUGUCAUAUGAGCCCGAUAUGGAACCUCGUUGUUAACUACCAGUGUUAUAUGUAUGUCAUACAGCUGACAUCUUUUUUGGCCAGUGAUAUCCCUCCCAAGUCUAUUAUGUUGGAUGACACGGUUCUUGACCAAAAUGUGGAUCAGAUGACUUUAAAGCCCGAAUCACCCAUUUCUCUUCUAUGGUUUGGGCUGAAUGCUUUCUCUAUUGAUCAAAUUAUGGACAUAUCUUGUCAUGUGAUUUGCUCUGCACAUGUUGGUUCUUCUAGAUCCACAACAAUUGGGCCCCCAGGAAGUGUCUCUUCUAGUCGAAAACGUAGGCAUGUCAUUUCGUUUGAUAAGUUUGAACUGUUUCUCCAUGAGAUUUCCCAUGUAGUCCCUCGCUGUGUUUCUGCUUCGUCUUUUGGCCGCGUUGCCCCCAGACCGGAUGCUCAUGCUGAAAAAAUUAUCUCCGCCGCACUCGGGCGAGUUCUCAAGUUUUUUGCUGAGUUUCUAAACUUGCGAUACCGAUUUCUAGCUGCGGAGGUAAAUUUGCAUGUUGCCGAAGGUAUGAAUCUUGCAAGCGAGGAAAUGUUGGUGAAAGCCAGAGAGAUGUUUGCUGACCUGUCGAUAUGUAACCGGGAUGCUGUGGCCAAGGUAGCUUCGCUAGAUAAUCAGGGAAUGCUUGGGAAGAGAUCUUGA